AUGUCGGCGAUGGUCGAGAAGAACGAUUUUGACGUUGAAGCUCAGCAAUCACUGUUGAUGACACCGGAGCUUGUAACUAGGACAAGGCAGACAAUGAAAAGGCUGUUUUUGUUGAUGCAUUCGGUAGUGCUCUUCAAAUUAGGAAUAAGUGACUCAUCUUCGAACCCGUCCUAUUCUACUGUUGGAACAGCUGAUGAUGACGAAGAAGAAGAGGAUAAUUCGGUAGUAACCUCUUCCUUUGACGUGCAUAAGUAUUUAGAAAUUGAGGAAGCUACGGAUUUUUCGACAUGCCCACCUGGUGAUUCCUUCAAUGUUGUGAGUUGUGUACCCCAGAAUGAACACAUCAGUAUUGAGCUCCGAAGGAAAAAAGUUGCCGAGAUUGUAGAAAAAAUGAACUUGGACGAACUUCAGAAUAUUGGAGGAGUCCAGGGAGUGGCAGAUGCACUGAACACCGAUCUCAAGAAUGGAAUUUCUGAUGAUCAUGAAGCUAUCUGUGGAAGCAAACCCAAUGAAAUCCGUCUAACUUCUAUUUUCUUCGAAGUGUUCCUGGAAAAGUGCAACAACUACACGUUCUUCCUCCUCUUAUUGGCUGCAGCAUUAUCCCUGGCCUUCGGAAUCAAGAAAAAUGGUCGAGCCAAUGGCUGGAUUGAUGGGGCACUUUUAAUUCUUUUUAUCUUCGUUCUUGUCAUUUUCACUGCGAUAAGCAGCUACUUGCAAGCAAGAAAGUCUAAGAAAAAUAUCCAGAAAAAAUGGUUUUCUGAAGGGAGGAAUGUGAAGGUACAAGUGAUUAGAGGUGGACGUCCUCCUGCGUUUAUUCUUGCAUAUGAUUUACAAGUUGGGGAUAUAGUAUAUUUGCAGAGAGGUUAUCAGGUUCCUGCUGAUGGAAUAUUUAUAGCUGGUGAAGCAUUAGAGUUGUACGAUGGAUUAAGGUCCCCAGUCGAUGACAAAACCCCAUUUUUGUUUUAUGGUUCCAGGGUGAUCAACGGUUAUGCUCGAAUGAUUGUGACAUCUGUGGGAAUGGAGACAGUGUGGGGUGAGAUGAUGAGCAAAGCAAUGGAGUCACCUGAUAAUAAGUGCAAAUUUGAAGUUUUGUUUACGAAGUUAAGUACCUGGGUAGACUUCACAGGGCUUCUAAUUUCCAUCCUUCUGCUUAUAGCCUUGUUUAUUCGCUAUGUACUAGGAGAAAGAGAUGAUGAAGACGGUGAUGGGCCCCAGACCAGGGGAGAACCCACUCCUCUGAAAAUCAUAUUAGAUGCUAUCAAGGUUAUUAUGAGAGGAUCAAAGGGGACGAUGAGAGUUUUGACAACUUUACUGAGUGUGUCACUCGUGGGGAUAAUGGAAGGUGUACCUGUUGUGAUUUCAAUUGCAAUCACAUACUGGAGCCGGCAGACACUAGCACAUCAGGGCUUAGAGAGAGACCCUCUAGCUUGUGCCAAGAUGGCAACAGUUACAACCAUUUGCACCGAUAUAUUUGGUGGAUUAACAGAUCAUGAAAUGGAAGUUGACAGGGUUUUUCUUGAUAAUGAAUUUAUCUGUGAAAGCUCUACAGUAUCCCCCAGUGUGCUCCAAUUGCUAUGUGAUGGAAUUGGAAUAUCAGAUCUGUUAUCCCCAAGUGUAAGUGAUUUAAGGCAAUUGGUAACUAUCUCCUGGGCUGAAGAUAAGCUUGGUAUGCGGAAGGAAAUCUUCAAACAUCAAUGCAACAUUGUCGAGCAUAAAAAGAGUAACCUUCCCCAAGAAUGGAGCGGAGCACUGGUGGAAAAAAACAGAGACGAUGGACAUGAGUGGCAUUUGCACUAUGAAGGAUCUCCCAAGGAUAUUUUGUCAAUGUGCUCUCGUUUCUAUAACAUUGAAGGGGAAGAGCUGAAAAUAGAAGGUGAGAAAAUGAGAAUGUUAGAACAAGUUAGUAAUGAUAUGCUAGCUGAACGAGAAGUAAUUGCAUAUGCUUGCAAACCCACAGAUGGGUCUGAUGAUAUGUCACUUGAAGCAAAUGACUUGAUCUUCAUAGGAAUGACAGGCAUAAGAAACAUAAUUAAGGAUGAUAUAAAAAAUGCAGUCUCGACUUUGGAGGGAGGAGGAGUUAGGACUAUUCUUGUUGCAGGAGAUUGUGUCGAUGUACUUAGACCUAUCGGCAGCAAUUGUGGGCUGCGUAAUCCCGAGACGAAUGCUUUAAAGGGUGAGGAAUUUAGGGACUUAACGGAUGAAGAGAGAAUGCAAAAGGUGGAUACAAUUCGCACCCUGGGAAGCUGUACCCGGCAGGACAAGGUUACUUUAGUGAAGUGCUUGAAAGAAAAAGGUGAAGUGGUAGCAGUGUUGGGGCAGCGAACAAAUGAUGCUCCAGCACUAAAAGAAGCUGAUAUAGGGCUGACAAUGGGGACUUGGAGCUCGGAAACGGCAAAUGAGUGCUCGGAGCUCAUUGUUUGGAAUGCAGAUUUCACUUUUCUGGUUAAUGUGAUCGAGAGUGGGAGACGUACCUACGAGAAUAUACGAAAAUUCAUCCAAUUCCAGCUCAUCAACACCAUUUCGAGCUCAUCGGUUAACUUCAUUGCAACUAUAGUUUUGGGGAAUGCCCCAAUAACAGCAAUGGAGUUGUUCUGGUUGAACUUGGUUGUUGCACUUCUUGGAGGCUUGGCACUGCUGACCAUGCCACCGGCUGAAAACCUGAUGAAAAUGCCUCCGAUCAGAUCAUCUGGACGUCUUAUUACCAAUGCCAUGUGGAGAAAUAUAGCCAUACAAGUCUCUUAUCAAAAUGCCAUAUGUUUGAUUCUUCUACUCAAAGGAAGUGCUGUCCUGGGAAUAAGUGCAGAAGCCAUCAAAUCCAUGAUUUGCAACUGCUUAUUUCUCUGCCAAUUAUUCAACAAAUUCAUCGCUAGAGAGCCUGAAAAGAAGAAUAUUUUCGAGGGUCUUCAUCAGAAUCGAUGGUUUUGGGUGGCCUUUGUUCUUUUUCUAAUGUCUCAGGCAGCCAUGACAGCGACCGAAAAUGUUCUUGGCAUUAAUGCGAGUUUGAGCUGGAAGUUGUGGGCUUUGUGCAUUCUAAUUGGCCUCAUCUCGUGGCCGCUUGAUUUCGUAGGGAAAUGUGCUUCAGAUGUUCAUUGCCUGGUGUUUGCUGCAGAUUAA